AUGUCAUCCUCGUUUACUAGUUUUACCUCAUCAUCACCCGUGAAACGUACUCCGUCAUCCUCAGUAUUUUCACGUUGGAAAAAAUGGGAGCUACAUGAUUUAGCUGAAAAAUUAAAGAUUGACGAUUUACCACAGGCUUCCAAGAAGCAAGUGCUUGUGGACGCUGUCCUGGAUUAUUUGGUAAAUUUGGGGAAGCCCUUAGAUUAUGAACAUGAAUUUCCCGAGUUGAGAACAUUUUAUGAAUCCUCCUUUUGGUCGUCCGUAAAGAACGAAUCAGCAUCUUCCCAGGAGGUUUCUGCCUCUGACGAACAACCUUCAGGUUCUGAAGAUGAAAAAUUGCCGGAUGAACCAAAGACAGAAUCCUCCACGAAUUUCAAUACUUUAAAUUUCAAAGAAAUUGAUGAAGAAGAAGCUAAAUUGGGGAAAAAUUUCAUGAAUAAAUGUCACCAAUUCAAAUUCAAUUUCCAAGAAUAUGUUAGUGACGUGAUCAAUGGAACCAAGAGAUUCAAUGAAAAUGUACAAGAUUUCCUCUCUACAUUAGCCACCGUGGAUGCUAUGUUCUAUUCCGUGGAAUUAUUUUUCCUCAUUAAGCAAUUGAUUGCACAGGAUGAUGGAUGCGGUAUCUUGAUUAAUUAUUUGACCCCAAUUUCCAUUUGGGUCUUAGUGAACAUACUACUACCCGUGUUUGUUUCAUAUUACAUUAAUUUCAUCCGUUAUGACUAUGCCAUUGAAGUGGAUCCUAUGAUUUUCCAUCUAACAAAGGGUUUAAUUGCUCUAACGGUGUUGAAUUAUUUCGGUCAAGAAGAUGGCGUGGGAAGAUCCACAUACAAGAGUAUUAAAGCUGCCUUAACUGAUGACGACGACGACGAAGAUGACGAGGGUAGCGUGUUGAAACACAUUAUCGGGAACAUUUCACAUAACAACUGUGACAUACUCGCCUCAAAUUUGGUUGUCAUAAACAAAUCUUUGGGCCAACUACCCUUAAUCUUUGCCGUUGUGGGUAGUUUUUUGACUUUGUACGUUGUGAUGUGA